CCACCCACCCAUAUAUAAGGCCCCUGGUGGCCCACUCCUCUUCAGUUCCUUCAUUCCGCCGCGCUAAGCAGCUCGAGGAACUUCGCUAGCAUUCGCUUGCUCUUGUGUAUUAGAAUCUCUGGCUUUUGACCUUCGGACUUUCCCUUUGGCUUGACGACCUUCUCUGAUUCUACGGCUUGACUUCGGACUGGUAACAGACUUCUCUUACCAUGGGCUCUUUCAAGCAGUGCACCAAGUGCGGGGUGAAAAUCCCCAAGGCCGACGGCCACGACAAGUGUGUCCUCUGCUUGGGGGAGGCACACGUUCAGGGCAGUUGUGCUCACUGCAAGGCCAUGUCCGCCCAGGCCCUCAAGAACAGGGACCGGACACUCAUGGCCGCCCUCUACAAGAGGGUUCUCAGCCAGCCUGGCGGCUCUGGAGCCUCUGGGGAGUCGGAUGCCCCCAAAGCCCCCAAGAGAAGAGGGGAUAAACGCUCCGAUCAGGACAAGAAGCGGGCUCGUUCGUCCUCACCGCCUUCUAAGAGCCGCCGUAAGGGGCCCCCAAGCACGGUCUCAGUGCCUCCGCCUGAGUCGAGGCCAGUACCGUCGACAUCGCCUGUUGCUGAGCCGGUGAAAACCCCGACUCCGUCUCUACCGGCCCCUUCCCGGAUGGUGCCGCUCGAACCCAGAGUCCUCCUCACCAGUCACCUCUCUGUACCAGCAGAUAGCCCACAGAUUGUGAAUGUGGACUCUGAAUCGGAAGGAGAGCUCCAGGACUCCUAUGCUCCAUUCUCUCCUCAAAGGCCGAGGUCAAAAUCUCCUUCACCCUCACCAAGGAGAAGGCCACGCUCUGCCUCACGGGACCAGGCUACGCUAGGUACCGAAGCUGAUGAGGCUCUGGCUGCAGACCAUCCUGUCCCCACAGAGCAUGAUCGGGACCUCUUCCAGGCGUUCCCAGAUCUCAUUCACGACCAGCACCCCGGACAGUACCUCAUCCCGGUUGACCCGUCCCAUCUGCAUCGUAACCUCCGUGCUCAUUCACGGAUCCGUCGCCCGGAUGAUGAAACCUCCCGCCAAGAUGACUGGGACGAUCUUGGGGCAUCCGAUCCUCUCUUUAGACGAUGCAGCCCUUCCCCCUCAAAGUCCGGCUCGGGCUCUCCUCGUUCCGUGUCUACCAUCUCGGAUGAGGACGCCCCGUUUGUGCCCGAAGGCCCUUCUGUCCCGUCGCCCACGGACGACGUCCGGGCCUUUGCCGACAGGGUCAUACGGAUGGCUGAUGCUCUCAAGCUGGAAGUCGCCCAUCCGGAAGAUGAUGCCCUUGACCCGGUGGAGAGGAGGAUCCACGGCUCGGCCCCAGCUCCUCCAGCCUUGGCUUACCUCCCGUCCCUGGAAAAGAUUGCGAAGCGUUCCUGGGACUCCCCAGCCACCAUCCCAUCGACGUCUCGCAAGAUCGAGAACCUAUACCGGGUUACUCCCUCGGCCCCGUCCUGGCUGUCACACCAUCCCAAGCUGAAUUCAGCUAUUGUGGAAGGCGCCCAGUCCACCUUCGCCCCCAAAACCUCUUCUUCGCCUGUCGACAAGGACAGCAAGAAGCUGGACGGUCUGGCGAAGAAAUUCUACACCUCGGCGGCCCUCGACCUCAAAAUCGCCAACUACGCGGCUUGCAUGGGGGCCUACGUCCAGUUCCUGGUGGAGAAGAUGGACCCCACCAUUGCUGACCUGCCCGAUGACAGGAGGCGUAUGAUGGCGGCUCUCGGACACCCUUCUCGACGAAGUGCGCACUCUUCUACACAAAGACGCCAUUGAACCCAUUUUCCCCUCUGAGUUCAAGCGGUGCUUUUUUUCCAGGAAGACCUCUGGUUCGUGACGCUAGACUUGAAAGAUGCCUACUUUCACAUAGCGAUCCUGGAGGACCACUGCAGGUUCCUCGCCUUCGCUGUCGGACACCAGGCUUACCGGUACAACGUCC